UUUUUUAAAAAUUUUCAUUUAAAAGUGCAUUGUUUUCAUUAAUAAUAAAGUUAUUUGGUAGAAAUAUGAAGGCAACAAGCACUAAAAUUCUAUCUUUUUCAUCGAUCAUAUUGUUGGUAACUUUAUUAUUUAACAAUAUUAUGCAUCAUAUUUACGACCAUGAUAGUGCAAAUGACUUGUUCUGCAUAAGCGAAACAUGUGAUAAAUAUAGUGAAAAUGUACUUAAAUUAAUGAAUAAUUCUGCUGAUCCAUGUGACAACUUUUAUCAAUAUGCAUGUGGAACAAUGAUUCGGGAUACAAGUGAUUCCGAUCCGGACAUUUUUACAAAGGAGUUGGAAGAAAAAGCUCGCGGUCAAGUCCGAUAUAUCUUAGAGAAUGGAUGGGAUCAAAGAAAAAAUGAGAGGAAUAGAAAAAUAGUUAAAUCCAAAUCGCUAGCAGUGGAAUGGGCGAUUCGAAUCUAUCAGCAAUGCUUACAUAGACCAAAACCAGAUGAUAAUUAUCAUGGCCAUUGGAAUCGAAUAACAACUCGAUAA